GCACAGUAGGUGGCGCUAAUACAUCACUCGAGUUUGCAAACAGCGAUGCAGAAGGAAGACCGCUGCUCGAUUAGCCGCUGUGCUUUUGGGAAAUUGAGUGUUCGUUGUAAUCAAACUCGUAUUGAUCGUGAAUUUUACAGUAAGUCUUAUAUAUAACCAGGCGUUUUUAAUUUUAUUUAGGUCUUUAAGAUGCUUUAUUAACAGUGCUGUUGUAAUAAGCCACCCAGUAGCUUGCCAAGCACAGAAGUGAUUUGUUUAGCUGUUAGCUGAGAGUGUUUAAAUGAGUCAUGCUGCUAGAUGUGCUUCAGGCAGCGGAGGCUGGAGGAUUCACACUCAUUCAAGAUACUGUCAAAUGCAGUGGUCGGGGAAUCCUCAAGUGUUUUAUUAAUGCUGCAUUGAAAAGGGGCGAGGACGUACAUGUGCUGGGAUUUGAGGCGAGUGAAACAGAAGUGUGUGCUGGAUUGGACAGCAGCUGUGUGCAGAAGCUUUAUUUUCACAAGGGUUUCCCUGACCCCCUCGGCUGGAUGUGUAGAUCUUCUUUCACUGUCGAUCAGCUCACUUCUCAACACAUAACUAAGCUCAUCAAAGACGCGCAGCAUGCCAAAACAUCAGUACUUGUUAUUGACUCCCUCUCAUUUGUUUUAAGACAUCAUGACCCUGUUGUCAUCUGUCAAAGACUUCAAGAGCUCAGAAAAGGAGGAGAUAUUAAAAUGAUUAUCAGUCUCCUGCAUUCAGACUUGCAUCUGCAAGGUGUUGUAGGUAUUGUAAGUCACUUAGCCAGCACUGUUAUCUCUGUGGCACCUGCAAAUUAUGAACAUCAUACUGUGGCUAUGACCACACGACGCACGAAGUCGGGCAAAGUUAUGCAAGAGGAAGAGUAUUUCAGCGUGUCUGAGGAUGCAACCCUUUCUGUACAGACCAAAUCCCGUCAAUCUGGCCAUGUACAGAAAGAGCAAGAUGUAGCGGAGGCUGAUCCAACAACAAACUUGACCUUCAAUCUACGCCUGUCUGAGGAGGAGAGAAAAGCCAAGGAGAAAGUGGCACUGCCAUUUGUAUUUAGCCAAGAGAAGAAAUCAGCUCUUCUGAGGCCAACCCCUGGCUCGGGACGGAUCGUGUACGAGCCUGAUGCCAGCGAUGACUUUGACGAGGAGGAUCCAGAUGAUGAUCUUGAUGUGUGAAUGAAGACAGCCUACAUCAUGACCUAGAUCUGGGAAUGUCAUAUCCAUCUUUAUAAAUUAUUUAUUUAUGAUUCUUUAUUUUAUUAUGAGUCAAAUAGUCUAAGGCAGUCUGUCUAUCAGCUAUGAGAAGACUAGGCUUGAGAAUGUUGUUUUGACAUAUGAAUUGAUGAACCAGAGUUCUUAGUAAUGUUAUGCUUUUUUGUAUUGGUGGAUAAAAAAAAAAACACUCAUGGGUCAAUGACGUGACGGGUCAUUUUUUUUGUCCAAAGGUCUUAAUAAUAAUAAAAAACAAAGAUAUGACAUCCAAAGUG